UUCGACCGCGACUCGUUUAGUAAGCCGAGUCCGGUUCGAUUCAAAACCCGGAUUUCAUAAAACUCGGGCAACUCGGCUCAAAACCGGUGGAACCGGUGACCCGGGUUGACGUUAGAACCCGGUUUGUUAUUUUUGACACAUUUUAAAUUGUAAUUAGGGUUUUAUAUCAGGCUAAUCCUGGAUAAUAACUUAAGUUAAUAAUAGUAAUACUUAACAGCCGUCAUUUUUUAAUAAUUCUCGAGAAAAAAAAGAAACCUAAACGUCUUCUCGUCGUCUCUCACUGUCGUACACCAUUCUCCAUCUGAAUUUUUCUUUGCCACAAGAUUUGGAACUGCACUUGUAAGAAAAAGUAAGUAACGUGAUUCUCUUUUGUUGUUCGAAAUUUGAUAUAACAUAUAAAUAUAUUAUUUUUUUGUUAUUUUUACUAGUUAAUGGAGGGGAAUCAUUCAGAACCAGAUUUAGGCGUACCUUCUUCUCAACGUUCAGUUCGUCGUAAAGAUGACAUAGCUUGGAGAUAUAUAACAGAACGGACUGAGCAGAAUGGGAAGAAAACUUUGAUUUGUGACUUCUGUCAGAAAGAGAGCGGAGGUGGAGGCAUUAACAGAAUGAAACAACAUUUAGCUGGGAUAAGAGGAAACAUAGAUUCAUGUACCAAAGUUUCUGCAGAAGUUCAGUUUCAGAUGAAGCAAUCAUUGAAAGAAAAUGAAGACAAAAAUAAGGAAAAGAGAGGCAUACCACUUGAUGAUAUAAACAUUGUUGCUGAUAUGAAUGCUGAUGGACAAGGCAUUCAUUCUCAGCCAUCUGUUACUCAAACCAAAAAGAGAAACAGAGGUGGAGAUUUACAUGGGUUUUUUAAAACAGGCCUGAGUGAUCCUACUCAACCAAGUAUAAAGGCAUCUAUACAAAGCAAGGAGAAGGUGCAUGAUGCUGAUAUGGCUGUUGCUUUAUGGUUUUAUGAUGCUUGCAUUCCCAUGAACGCUGUGAACUCUCCAUUCUUUCCAGUUAUGUUAAGCAAAGCUGCUAGUUUAGGACAUGGAUAUACUGGUCCUUCGUAUCAUGCUUUGAGGGUUGGGUUAUUAAGAGAUGCAAAAAAACAUGUAUCUUUGAUCGUUGAAUCAUUUAGAAGCACGUGGGCUAGCACCGGCUGUACCUUGAUGGGAGAUGGAUGGAAAGACACUAGAAAAAGACCACUGAUCAAUUUUUUAGUGUACUGUCCAAAAGGAGUUACGUUCAUCAAGUCGGUUGAUGCAUCUGAUGUAUACACAAAUGCAGAGAAUUUGUGUAAUUUAUUUGCUGAGAUGGUGGAAAUGGUUGGCUCUGAAAAUGUGGUUCAUUUAGUGACUGAUAAUGCGCCUAACUACAAGGCUUCAGGUAGACUACUUGCGGAGAGAUAUCCAAAUAUUUCUUGGUCUCCAUGUGCAGCUCAUUGCAUGAAUUUAAUAUUGGAGGAUGUGGGAAACAUGCCUAAUGUUAAAGAGUUAGUUUCUGCUGUAUCAAAGGUAACUAUCUUUGUCUACAAUCAUAAGUCAACUUUAAAUUUUUUGAGGAAGAGGCAAGGUUGGAGGGAAAUCAUUCGUCCAGGAGAAACCCGAUUUGCUACCACUUUUAUAGCCCUUCAGAGUGCAUAUGCACAUAAAGAUGACUUACAAGCUUUGGUAGUAGAUCAAGAGUUCAGACAGUUUCUGAAAACAGAGAAAGCAAGAUGUGUCAAGGCUGUUGUUUUGGAUGAAAACAUGUGGGCGCAUUGUUUGUUGAUCGUAAGGAUUAUGGCUCCAAUGAUACGCUUGUUGCGUGUUUGUGAUACUGAUGAGAAGCCAUCAUUACCAUAUGUCUAUGAAGGAAUGUAUCGAGCACGUUUAGGCAUCAAGAAGAUAUUUGGAAAAAAGAAGGAAUUGUAUAAGCCUUAUACAAGGAUCAUAAAGAACAGGUGGGAUAGAAUGUUGCGCCAUGAUCUUCAUGCUGCAGCAUACUUCUUCAAUCCAGCUUUCAUGUAUGAUCAAAAGAACUUUUCAAAAAAGCCUGAGAUAUUGAAAGGGAUGUUAAAUUUGAUGGAAAAACAAAAAGGGUCUGACAGAACAAAGAUCUUUGAGGGGAUGACAAUGUAUAGAGAACGUGAGAAAAGCUUCUCACAUUCAUCAGCUUUAAGUUGUUCGAAAACCACUCGUCCUGAUGAGUGGUGGAAGUUCUUUGGAUAUGAUGUUCCUGUUUUGCAGAAGCUAGCAAUUCGAAUUCUUAGCCAAACUGCAUCUUCAUCGGGCUGUGAACGUAAUUGGUCUGUGUUUGAAAGAAUUCACACAAAAAGGAGGAAUAGAUUGGAACAUCAAAGACUCAAUGAUCUUGUCUACGUUCAUUACAAUUUGCGCCUGCAAGAUAGGUGAGUUUAAGUUCAAAUACACAGCUAUGAAAUUAUAGAAUAUAACUAUUAAAUGUUCAUAUGCUCAGGUUCUCAAAAAGAAAGAGGUCAUAUGAUCCAAUUGAUAAUGAGUCCAUUGAUAAAACUGAGUUCUGGGUAGUAGAAGAAAGUGGAGAAGCUGAACUAGAUUAUGAUGAACUUGAGAAUGCACUUACUGAAGAAAACCCAAAAGAUGGAGAAGAUGCAACUUCUGAAACCUUGAACUUGAACGGUAGAUACAUCUUCUUUUAUACGACAUGUUUUUUUUGGCUAUGAUGUCUAUUAUUUAACUCAUGCAUUUUUCAUAUUUUUUUCUUGUUUUAGAAGGUACCGAAGAUGAAGUGCCAUUCUCUCAAGAUGAUACAACUGAAUAAAUUUGAGAUAUUCUAUCAUUCUCCAACAGAUUUUUUUUUGUCAUGUUUUCAUUUAGUUCAUUACAUUAAAUAUUCAGUUACUAUUUAUCUAUUUUAUGAUGCUAUUUUAGAUAAUAUUCAUCAGACAUUUUUACAUUUUUAUAUAUGAUUAAUUAUAUAAUAUAUAUUUAUAUAUUAAAUAUAUAAAUAUAUUUAAUAAAUAAAAACCCGGUUCGACCGGUUGAACCGGUUCGACCAAUCAACCAGUGAAUACGCCGAGUCGGUGUCCGGUCCGGUUUUUAAAACAUUGCUUUUAAGCUUUGAAGACUUUUAAAGGUAAUUAAAGUUUCUAAAGCCAUCACAUUUUUGCUUUUCUAAAAUUUCUCAACGUCCCCUAAACUCAGAGUCUAGUUUCUUUUAUUCCCUUUGUUUUGUUCAAGUUACUCUACUUCUUUUGAAAGCUAGAAUCUGAGGCUGUAGAACAUAUCUAUCUUAUUAAAACUCAAGUACAAAAUUGGAGUGUUUGGAGACUUGAAUAGGACUUUUAAAAAUUUGUAGUGUUUGGAAACAUGGAUUGCAGUCUUUUAAAAAAAAAUCUAUCUUAUUAAAACUCAAGUACAAAAUUAGAGUGUU